AUGGGGAUCUCUAAUGUUAUCGGAGCUCUAUUAAUAGCCACUCCUGUAGUGCUGGGGUCCGAAUUUUACAAUGUGAUGCCUCGCAAUGCGCUAUGCCCGAAUAAUGACAGGAUAAACACCGGUGCUUAUGAAGCCGACUGGGCGGUCUGGGUACAACCCAGUUCAAUAUAUGGUGGACAUUAUCUGAAUGGGCGAGGUUCACUUGAGAAAUCUGACGACGGCUCAACCUUGAACUUUAAAGGUUUUUGGGCCACCAGCGACAAUAUGAAGACCGCCAAGAUUGAUGUCACCUACUCGAGCGUGGUCAGUUCGGAGGAAGCAGUUACUAAGAAUGCGGCAUGCGCUAGUCCGGACCAUCCCAAUAAUAAGGUGUUCUACGACUACGUAAGUGGAACUGUCCAACUAUACAAUGCCGCGACAAAGUCGAUAGACACAUACGAGGUUAGUCUGAACAUGAACAGUGCACAAAUUGGUAUUCACGGAUCGGCCGGCAGCGACUGCUGUACAGAAAACAUGUACGGAUUCGCCUCUUGGCUGAGUACUGCCGGUGGUCCUAACGUGGACUUGAAUUUUGAUCUAGAGACUCUCGAUACUUGCGUUUUGCAACAAAAUGCCGAGUAUGUUGGACUUAAUCAUCCAGGAGGUUCUCAAGAGGCCAGGUUUGGAACACAAUAUGGUAUCAUUGUCAACGAACUCUUCCGGGAUACCUGUGUGGAUAAUGCCCGACUACCCGUGGGAUACAACGCCAUAGAAUUCACAGAUGUUAAAAUCGAACUUGAUGACGACAGAAAAUCUCAACAUUUAUAUGGCAGAGUUGCAGCGUAUGUGGAAGUCAAUGGAGUUUCAACGCAUCUCUUUGACAUGAUGAUCGAUGCUUGGUGGACCGCAUCAGAUGCGAAUACUUUCACAUUUUCUCCUGAUGGUGAUAUUGUUGCCUCCUUGAACAAUGACAAUGGAGGGUUUGCACACGCCACUCUCACUGAAAUUGUACCCGAGGGCACAGAACCACUAGUUGUUGAGCUGUCUGGGAAACAAAGCAGUGAGCCUGACGCACCCGACGAUGUUUAUAGCUACGCCUGCUAUGAUCGGAAUGAUACACGCAAUAAAGGUGCGCCUGGAUGCAAAGGUUGGUUAAUGUAUCGCAUCGCUUCUCCCGGCCAAUACGCUGGAGCUACUGGGUGUGACAGAUGCUCGUACCCUAUGCCCGUUCCCUACAAUGAUUGGAAUAUCGAGGUGCGAGAACUAUGUUCUACAUCGGGGCCUCAGAACUUCCCUGAUGUGCCGGCUCUAGAACACUGUUGUAAUUCUUUCAAUGUGUUGCCCCAUGGCGUGUCCUGCACUCCAGAGAAUACGGCCACCGAGACCGCUCACGUACUGAAUGUCCUUGAUGGUGGUGAUAACAUUCAUGGUCGUUUCAGUGAGGGUUCCGGAGCUUUGCAGCGAUUAGAUAGUACCUCCGUUCAACUGACAGGUCUAUGGGCCACUGCCGACUAUGUAAACACGGCCAAAGUUACUUUAACUUACAGUGAUCCUGUGCAUUUUCAGGAUGCGCUAAUCACACAAGAAGGUUGCGGCGUUUCCAAUGUAUUCGACAAGACUUUCUAUAGUACCGUGGCAGGUACCGUUGAAUUGUACAGUUCCGCUACUGGCGAAAGCGAAGUUUAUGAUAUUCGCAUCAAUCCCAUGAAUAGUGCCCAGAUCGGUCUAUAUGGUUCCGCCAAGGAUGGAUGUUGUGCGAAUAACCGUCAGGGUGGGUCUGCUGGGGUUUGGUUAACAGAGGACGGAUCCAUCACAGCCGACUUCAACUUCGAUAUCGAAUGUGGCUCAGGAUCAGAAUGUGCGGCGCUACUUCAGGCCACAGCCGAUGGUUCUCCGUUAGUCUUUGAUGACUUUAACGCACCUAAGAUCACUUUGGAUAACACUGAAGGAGCAGUUACUCUUGGCAUAGCUACUGCUGAUGGUAGUCCAAUUAACGUUUUAACCGAGGGUGGUUUGGUGUCCACUGCAUGCGUUGUAGAUGGUGCUUCAGGAGGUAAUGCACACCUGUCAUUUGCCCCACACUAUCUCUGGGGCGGCACAACUUUGAGCGCGGCAAUUUGCGGAAGGGCAGGCAAUGUUGAAUUACAAUGGGGUGCGAAUGGUCAAUGCCAGGCGUCAAUUGAAGUAUCGCGAGGUUGCGGCAGCACAAUCCCCACUUGCAGAACGUCCGGUGAUCCACAUACCAAGACACUCGACGCAAAACGUCAUCACUACGGCGAUGGCGACUAUGUUAAUAUUUUCGUAUCACCGAAAUUCAUCGUUCGUGGCGAGCAUUUCAUCACACGAAGAAUCAAACAGAAUGCCGUGCACGGUCCUGCAGGUCAAGUGAGUACAUAUCAAUCGAUUACCUUUACAUACGUGUCUGACGAAGGCACUACACUCGUAUCUCUGGCGAAGCCCGACUGCGAAUGUACUGAGGAUUCUCUAUACAAAGGUGAUACCAUACUUGUACGCAAUUUACACAAUUGUGACGAAUGUGCGCAGGUCCUGAAAUUCGAUGGUCCCACCGAAAACAUUUUACGUUAUAGAAUUGUGCCCGACCCGGGAUCUGAGUUUAACACCUACCACCACAUUUAUUUCAAGGAUGGUACUCACGCUACUUUGCUCAAGCGAGCUAGUCCCGGCAACAACUAUGUGAUUGAUGCUUACCUCUACCCCAAUACCAGGCACAGACAAUUCGAAACCACUUCGGAGCGUGGUGUUUGUGGCAAUUGGGAUGGUGAUAUUGAUAACGACCAUAACUCAGCUACCGUGUUCAACACUCAAGCCUAUCCCGGUUUCUGGCAAGCGGGCGCUAAUUUUUUGGAGCCCAUCGCAGACCCUGCCAACGCGGCUACCGGAUCUGCUUCCGCUUUCCCGGUUGUUUGCGGUGCGGAAGGUACUGGUCUACCCACUGGCUUCAACGCCCCACCUCAAGUGCCCAUGGGCCUUGCACCUCAGGAUGGCGAGGAUGGUGGUGCCACCCAGCUUACUGCUGAAACCAGGCGCCGUCGAAAUGUAAUCAACCUGGACACGCUCGCGAAUUGCGAUCGAAUAAUACCUGCUGUACGCAACAUGGGAUGUCCGGCCGAGGAUGUCACUGCUGCCGUGGAGAAUUGUAAGGUCGAUGUAGAAACUGCCUGUGCCGCGGGUGAUAGCUCCGACUGUGUGCGUAGUUCGUUCGUGUCACUGAUGACGUCCUGUACAGACCCUGCCACUAUUGGAGGUCGCAGACGUAAUAACAAGAAGCGUGUGUGUAUCUUCCCCCAAGGUGAAUCGGAUGGUAAUGGUGGCUGCACUUGCGCGGAGGGAUUCAAAGGACGCAGGUGCCAAUAUCGUGUAGGAGCUAGUCCCUCUAUUCCCGAUGGUAUUCAGUUCUAUACGCUUCCUGCUUCAUCCGCUGCAGGCGAGCCGGCCUGCACGAACCCAAAUGUUGCGGAGAGUGCACACAUGAGCGUCAUGGUACACGAGUUGCCCGUAGUUAGUAACUCAAUACCUGAAAUUUACCUUCGAGUGAAACAGGUAUAUUACUUGAUGACAUGUGACGAUUGUUGCGAGGAUGGUGAGGAUUGUUCUGGCGAGUACACUGUUGCGGUGAAAGCGUCUGAAUUGCCCACCACACGCGCCAAGUGGAACGGAAAAAACAAGCAGUUCAAAAACAAGGUUGGUAUGCGAGUCUUUGCCAGAUGGCAGCGAACCAAGAAGAAUGGAACGGUCAAGGACGUGAAUCGCAGACUGGGUAUUUUCAAGAUGCCUGUGUGUGCCUAA